CCAAACACCAAUGGCCAUGUCACUGCGGGCGGCAAGAUUUUUAGGCCGCAGACAAACUCUGCCUCGAGCGAGCCUACCUCUCCGCACCACAGCUCAAUUCCUUCGCCCCAUUGCUGCCCAGCGCACAUUCUCCAGCUCUCCGUCUCGCAGGGGAGGCCCCGAUGUCUUUCCUUCGAUGCGAGAAGGCCCUGCGGCCAAUUUUCUCUCGACCUUCCAACAAAAAACGAAGGUAGCACAGACGCUCACCGAGAAGAUUGUGCAGAGAUACGCGGUCGGCAUCGCAGAGGGAAAGCUGCUGCGAUCUGGCGAUUAUGUCACGCUCCAGCCACACAAGUGUAUGACACAUGACAAUUCGUGGCCAGUGGCGCUGAAAUUCAUGUCCAUUGGAGCCACCAAGAUCCACGACCCGGAGCAGAUCGUCAUGACAUUAGACCAUGAUGUGCAAAACAAGAGCGACAAGAAUUUAAAGAAAUACGCCCAGAUAGAGGGGUUUGCCAAGGGCCAGGGCGUGGUCUUCUACCCGGCGGGGCGGGGCAUUGGACACCAGAUCAUGGUCGAAGAAGGCUAUGCGUGGCCGGGAACCUUGGCUGUAGCUUCAGACAGCCAUUCCAACAUGUAUGGGGGUAUCGGGUGUUUGGGCACGCCCGUUGUGCGGACCGAUGCUGCCAGUAUUUGGGCAACGGGCAAGACAUGGUGGCAGAUUCCCCCCGUAGCGAAGGUCACAUUCACUGGCAUUCUCCCUCAGGGCGUAACGGGAAAAGAUGUCAUCGUCGCCCUGGCUGGAUUGUUCAAUAAGGACGAGGUUCUGAAUCAUGCCAUCGAAUUUACUGGGAGCGAGGACACCUUACGGAGCAUCCCCGUGGACGACCGCCUAACAAUUGCAAACAUGACGACCGAGUGGGGUGCUCUCACUGGCCUGUUUCCGAUCGACUCAGUUUUGCAUGGCUGGCUUAGAAUGAAAGCUACCGAUGCUGCACUAUACGGUGGCGACAUCAUGGACCAUCACCAACAGCAAUUUAUUCACGACCGCAUCGACAAGCUGUUCACAGCUACGGGGAUCGUAGGACAACACACCGGUCAAAUCUUCCAGCCCGCGUUGGCUGCCGAUAAAGGCGCAACAUAUGCAAAACACCUAUUCCUUGACCUUUCCACGUUAUCCCCGUAUGUUUCGGGCCCUAACUCAGUCAAGGUCGCCACGCCCUUAAACGAUCUGCAAAACCAGAACAUCUCCAUCAACAAAGCUUACCUAGUAUCCUGCACAAACUCCCGAGCGUCAGACCUAGCCGCCGCUGCCAAGGUGUUUAGGGAUGCUGCCAAAUCCAACAACAACCAAAUCCCAAAAAUUCCAAAUAAUGUCCACUUCUACAUUGCAGCAGCAUCGCUCCCGGAGCAGCGCGCCGCCGAAGAACAGGGUGACUGGCAGAUCCUUCUCGAAGCUGGCGCAAAACCUCUGCCAUCGGGUUGCGGACCUUGCAUUGGUCUUGGCACAGGUCUUCUCGAACCCGGUGAAGUUGGCAUAAGUGCAAGUAACCGGAACUUCAAGGGUCGUAUGGGAUCUCCCGACGCCAAAGCUUAUCUUGCAAGUCCAGAAGUUGUUGCUGCCAGCGCACUGUCUGGGAAGAUAUCUAGCCCUGGGUGGUACGAGGCUCCGGUUGGCUAUACCGGCGUUCGGCGUGGCGAGGGCGAUGGAAUUCGAGAGGAAGAUCGCAUGAUGACCAUCGAAGACAUGCUCGAAAAAGUAAUCAAGCAAGCCGAUGAGAUGAUUGAAUCAGUCGAAAGCGCAUCCGUGGAAAACCAGUCCAUCAACCCCGCAACCCCCUCCCCUACUGAAUCGGAAUCUCUCACCGAAAUCCUCCCCGGGUUUCCGGAAAAGAUUAGCGGAGAAAUCAUUUUCUGCGAUGCCGACAACAUCAACACGGACGGCAUCUACCCCGGAAAAUACACAUACCAAGACGACGUGACACAGGAAAAGAUGGCGGAGGUGUGCAUGGAGAACUAUGACCCAUCGUUCGGUGCUCUCGCUAAAGCCGGCGAUAUCCUCGUUUCUGGCUUCAACUUUGGCUGCGGAAGCAGCAGAGAGCAAGCCGCAACGGCUAUCCUAGCCAAAGGCAUCCCUCUUGUCGUCGCAGGCAGCUUUGGCAACAUCUUUAGUAGAAACAGCAUCAAUAACGCUCUCAUGGGCGUCGAAGUCCCGAAACUCGCUAAUCGUCUCAGAGAAGUGUUUUCUUCAGCAUCCUCCCCGCCCAACCCCUCGCAGCAGAGUGUAAAAGAACCCUCUCUGAACGGCGAAUCGCUCGGCUCUCCUCCACGAUCCGCUGUCGCGCAACCCGCACAGGCGAAGCAGCUUACAAGGCGGACGGGCUGGACGUUGGAGUGGGAUGUCAGAAGAAGCACUGUUAAUGUUCAGGAAGGUCCGAGUGGAGCGAAGUGGAGUGUAAAGGUCGGCGAACUUCCGCCCAAUGUACAGGAGAUUAUUGCGUUGGGGGGUCUGGAGAGUUGGGUUAGGAAGGAGAUUGGUGGGGCAUCGUGAGGAUGAGAUAGAGAGCUGCACUUACAAGCUAGUGGUGAGAGGGGGGGAAUGUUGUGUAUACCCUUGUGCUUGCAUUUGUGGGAGUUUUAGGAGGACGUGAGC